UCCCACACGGAGAUGGGGAUGGCCAUGCCCGUGCUGAUGCCGUCGGCCGUCGGUGAGAGCAUCACCGUCAACAACGGCUCCAGCGACCUCUCCAGGAGCUUCUCCAUGAGCUCCUCGGGUGACACCAACUCCAACAUCAUGUUCUUCACGCCCGGAAGCAAAAAAGCGAAGGUGCUCAUCGACAGCGACGAUGGCAUGGUCACCAGCCUCAGCAAAAUCGAAUCCCAAGUAGGACAAGCUUCACAUUUUGGCAUGUCAACCACGUCUUUAGACAUGUCCGGCAUGGACGACUAUCUGCAGCUGCAGCAAUACUUCAUCGCCUACACAGUCUGCACCAAGCGUGGCUGCGCCACUCACCCACGAAGCAUCGCUGAGAGGAUUAGAAAGAAGAGCAAGGAAUAGCAAGAGGCUAAGGAGGCUGCAAGACCUCGUGCCCAAUAUGGACAAGGUAACUAAAUCAGUUGAAUUGAUGCACACUGUCAAUUCUGUCACCAUAAAGUUGGGUGCCAUCUGGCAUCUGCAGAGUAUCAAAGCUUCUUCUAGAUCAAAGAAAGCUAAUCCAGAAUCAACCAUAGUCAGUGCAAGAAGGUUAUA